UAUUUUUGCCUUGCAGGAGAGGCAUCUGUACAUUUUACCCCAGUGGCUGGGGAACAUGGGCAAGGUUCUUGCUUAAUUUUGCUGACUCAGAGCACAGAUUUCCAAGAAGAGCAUGACAGAAGGACAAAUGCCAGAGGAAAAUACCCUACAAAAUUCUCCUCCUCCAAAAAACUCACUGGUGCUGAACUGAUGACAUUUGUGGUAUGCUUAGAUGGAUGUGAACAAAAAAUGGUAUGAGAACAUCCACAAGUCGGGAACUUUUUUCACUUUAUACUUCUUGGAAUUUCAUGGUACAUGUUCAGCUGGUUGUCUUUGGAAAGCAAAAGCAUCAUGAAACCUUUGUAACCUCAAAUUUCUAUAUUUAGACAAAUUACUUUGAAAAUAAUGGGGACUAUACCUGGCGCUUUUGACUGUAAUUACUUGCAGUAAUGGAAGCUGUGAUAAUACCAGGAUCUGGAGCUGAACAAGACGACAGCUUCUUGAACAGAGCAACUGUUGAAACAUUUUUUUUUCCUUCUCGUACCAUUGGAUGUAAUGAUUGGAAUAAAUGUUUUCCUUCCUCUUUAAAACGAUGGAUCCUUUCAGAUAAUAAUAGCAAAAUAUGACCAAAUAUACUGGAAAAAACCUCAAAGUGCUCUAAGAAUGCCCAGAAGAGGGUUCAUAUUUCAAGCCAGGACUCGAUGGCUGCUGGUUGGGCUUGCAUUGCUCCUGAGCUUAUUGCUGAUCAUGUACCUUCUUGAAUGUGCUCCACAAACAGAUAGCAAUGGGUCGCUUCCUGGUGUUUUAGGGGAAAAUUUUGGCAAGGAACACUACAAAGCCCUUCUGCAGGAGCAGGAAGAGCAUUACCAAACCAGGGCGAUGAGCCUCAAGCGCCAGAUUGCCCAGUUAAAGCAGGAACUUCAGGAAAUGAGUGACAAACUGAAAUUGCUGCAAGAGAAGAAAACUCCAAGAGUCAACAGCAUGGGCUACCAAAGCACCAAAGAACAAGCACCCAAUGAUCUCCUAGAAUUCCUGCAUUCCCAAAUAGACAAGGCUGAAGUGAGCAUGGGAGCCAAGCUACCCAGCGAAUAUGCAGUCAUUCCCUUUGAAAGCUUCACCUCCAUGAAAGUGUUUCAGUUGGAGAUGGGCCUCACACGCCACCCGGAGGAGAAGCCUGUCCGAAAAGACAAGCGAGAUGAACUGCUGGAAGUAGUCGAGGCUGGUCUGGAGGUCAUCAAUAAUCCAGAUGAAGAGGAUGCUCAAGAUGACGACGACGGCAUAGAGGACAAGCAGCUUUACAAUGAAAACGAUUUCAUAGAAGGUUAUUAUCGCACCGAGAGAGACAAAGGGACGCAAUACGAAUUGUUCUACAAGAGGACAGAUGAUAUGGAGUACAAGCACGUCACGCUGUUUCGUCCGUUUGGGCCCCUAAUGAAAGUGAAAAGUGAGACUGUUGACAUCUCAAGGUCCAUCAUUAAUAUUAUCGUUCCCCUUUCUGGAAGGACAGAGGUGUUUGCACAGUUCAUGCAAAACUUCAGGGAAGUGUGCAUUAAUCAGGACAAGCGGAUUCACCUCACCGUCGUGUAUUUUGGACACGAGGGACUCUCCGAAGUCAAGAGCAUCUUAGAAGCUGUUGCUAGAGAGGCGAACUUCCAUAAUUACACCCUGGUUUCUUUGAACGAGGAAUUUAAUCGUGGAAGAGGACUAGACGUGGGCUCCAGAGCCUGGGAAAAAGGCGAGGUCUUGAUGUUCUUCUGCGACGUUGAUAUUUAUUUCACAGCUGAGUUCUUAAAUAGCUGCCGCUUGAAUGCCGAGCCAGGCAAGAAAGUUUUCUAUCCUGUGGUAUUCAGCCUGUAUAAUCCUUCCAUUGUCUAUGCUAAUCAGGAUGUCCCACCUCCUGUGGAGCAGCAGUUGGUGCACAAAAAGGAUUCUGGGUUUUGGCGGGAUUUCGGCUUUGGGAUGACUUGCCAGUAUCGAACAGAUUUUUUGUCAAUUGGAGGCUUUGACUUCGAAGUCAAAGGCUGGGGUGGAGAGGAUGUCCACCUGUAUCGAAAGUACCUGCAUGGCGACCUCAUGGUGGUCAGAACCCCAGUGCCUGGCCUCUUCCACCUUUGGCAUGAGAAGCAUUGUGCCGAUGAACUGACGCCAGAGCAAUACCGCAUGUGCAUCCAGUCUAAAGCCAUGAACGAGGCAUCUCAUUCUCACCUUGGGAUGCUGGUAUUCAGGGAUGAGAUUGAGGCUCAUCUGCGUAAGCAGGCGUACAGGACUAACAGCGAAGCAAUAGGCUGAGCCGAUUCUCCGUGCAAUCCUACGACUCUAGAGUUGCUAUGAACCAGCAUUGUUCUGAAGCCUUAAUUAACUCAGCUAAACUAUUGGAGUGCCUCUCUUGCUGAAGACGAGUUCAAAGAUCUUUUUCUCCGGCCAGCUGUUACCUACCUGCUGCACCAGAUCGGGCGCUUGAGCGAAACGAAUUUUUCUUUACAGUGUUAAUGGUGCGAGGGGGCUGGGAGUGGGCAAGGACACAGGCAGGGCAUGCUCACCUUUCCCCCACCCGGUUGUUUCUUUAACGCUUUCACUUCUCAGAUCUGCAUUACGUGAGGGUAACUGAACAGUGACUGUCCACUACAUUGCUAUGGUUAUCUUGAACUACUCACUUCACUGUAGUUUUUAGAAAGGGACAUUAGAUGUCUGUAUGCAUUCUGUGGGAAGAGUCAAAUACGAAGGCAGAAAGCUGUGGAGAAUCAUAUGCAAAAACAUGGUAUGUUGUGCAGCUAGAAUCACGGAGUUCGCCUUAUUAACCAUCAGGUACAUAAAUCCACUUGCAAAAACAUACACUUAAAGUUGUAAAAGAGGCAAUCGAAAGCUUGACGAUAAUUCUGUCAUGUCGUUCUUUACCGGAUUGUAAAUGAGUUGAGCUUGUAUGCUAUUUGCUUAUCCUAGCUACUGGCCAAAUAAUAUUUUGCAUGUUUCGGGAUGUAGAAAAAGAUGCUGUCUUGAACACAAACAGUUCCCGUCACUGCCUCGUUAUUACUCUUCUUUGUUCUUCAGAUGAAUGUUGAAGUCUUUGUCACCGGGGCGAGGGGAUCAAAUAAUAUAACAGUUAAAGAUUAGAGAGACAUCACUCGCUAACUCUGCUAACUUGGGUCCAUUUCUCCUUUCUGUUUAUUUUUGGCAAUGGGUACAAGAAUGUCUCCUGUUCAGACCCCAUUGGCAUGAGAACUAGUUAUAGGAAGGCAGGGCUGUGCUUUCCUAGAGUCUGUCUUCUUUUUCAAAUGCAGUUUGCAAAGCAGACGCGAGAAGCCCAUUGAGUUUGUGAGCAAUGGAAGGAGGCAGCGUUUAGUCCUGAAUGACUAUAUACAGUUUAAAAAUAGUUCUGGACACCGAUCUCUGUUUUAACAUGUAGUUUGCCUUUAUAUAACAUUGUGGAGAACAAUGUAACUUGCCCAAACUGGGGAAGAAUGUAAUGCAAGUGGGCUUGCUGUUGUCUUCUCUUUAUAAUUAAAUUGAAUACUCAUGUGUUUUAA